AACAAUUAUGUUGAAAGACGCAAAUUAUAUUAUACAGUCGGCUGCACGACCUGCACCUAUCUCUGUGUACAACUGGCUGUGAUUCGAAGGAGUCGAAGGUUGCACGGAGCAGAUGGAGCAACGAAGAUUGCAAGGAUCGAUGGUGGCGAAAAUGAUGGAGAAGCGAAGCGAAGAACUAGCUUCCAGAUACGAAGAGAAGUAUGAUAAGGAUUCACUGCCUGUUUUCGUUGAAGAAAACUGGUCAAAGAGUGUGGUAUGUUACACUUCUGUUGUCGAGAGGUUCUCGAAAUUGUGCCGGCUACUUGACGAUGAAGGGAAGAAAGAGUAUGCACUCCAGUGGAUAGUGAAGGUGGCGACAUUGAUGUUUGUUGUCCUCGUUUUAAUUGGUCAUGCUAAGAAAGAUGCACCAGUUCCAAAAUGGAUCCUUGCCACUGUUGCAAACUCUGAUGAUUUCAUAUCUUUUUCAUGGGGGACAUGGGCAUUCAUGGAGUCCCUCCGUAUCCAAUCUUUGGGGAAAGACUUAGUUUCAGAAAAGAAGAAGCUUGUCAAAGGCGGGAAAACAUCCAACACCCUUCGCUACACUGGCUUUGUCCUCCCCUCAUCCGUGAGGGGGACAACUGUAAAGUGGAAACAAGCCCUUAUCCUGCUAGUCUUCCCCUUCACUCCGUCAUCGACGACUGCCAUGGCCGGGUUCGCCGGCCUCAAGCUGGCCUUCUGCCCCAAUACCUCUGUCGCCUCUUUCAGCUCCCCGUCCCUUCCAUUUUCAUCUCCCAAUUUACAUCCUAAUGUUGUCUCCUUACGCUUCAAGUUCCCUAGAUUAUACGCGAUUUCCAGCAAUGAUAUUGAAAUCGGCCGCAACAUUGAAGUUGACGGAUGUCCUUGGAGGGUUAUGGAGUUUUUACAUGUGAAACCUGGCAAAGGAGCUGCAUUUGUGAGAACCACAUUGCGAAACUAUGUAACGGGAAACACAGUCGAGAAAACAUUUCGAGCUGGAUGUAAGGUGGAAGAAGCAGAUAUUUUCAAGGAAACGAAACAAUUCACUUAUAAAGAUGGUUCACAGUUUGUGUUCAUGGACAUGAGUACGUACGAUGAGUUUCGCCUCAAUGAGUCAGAUGUUGGAGAUAAAACAAAGUUUCUGAAGGAGGGCAUGCAAUGCAAUUUGCUCUUCUGGAAAGAAAAAGUAAUUGACUUUGAACUACCAAUCACAGUGAAGUUAACAGUGGUUGAUGUUAAUCCUGGUCUUAGAGGAGACACUGUACAAGGUGGAACGAAACCAGCUACCCUUGAGACCGGUGCCAUUGUUAAUGUUCCGUUGUUCAUAGAAAGAGGACAGGAGAUUUUGGUGGACACUAGAACCGGGCAAUACAUGAGUCGAGCAUAGUAGGUUUCCCUGUCACACAUAAGUACCCAAUAUGGUUUUUUCUUCCUUUGAAAUGCCAUUUUAAAUGGAUGUUUGCAAAUUUCUGUCAUUGCUCAAUGAGUUUGAUAUAAGAGGCUUAUAUAUUUGCAGACAUUGUGAAACUACUACAUACAAGCAUCUUGAAGGAGACAUAAAGAUAUGCACAUUUGCCGUUUUAACCCUUCUGUUUGGUACCCAUUGGGUUUGGUACCUAGGCAAAUCUGUUUGGUUUGCACGAUUAAAGGAAAAUGUUGGCA